CAUGGUAGGCGUUCAAAAUGAGACGUGUUAUAAAGAGGGGAGUACCUUCGUAUGCCGGCCAUUGACUACUAGUACCAGACGUCAGAGUUUAUCAUACCAGAAGGAUAUUACUAGUAUCCCUGCCUGCAGGGGAGUAACUUGAACUUGAAACCCCCUGAGUCCUGGACAUUAUAACCUGCAAAUCUCAACUUCAUCGAGCUUUAGUGAUUACAAGAGAACUAGACUCAACAAUCAACGGUUCAACAGGUUCAACACCAUGGCCAUGGAAUUCGGCCACAUCCUCCACUGGCAGAAUGCCACCCUUGCGGUUCACCCAUGGACCAUCCUCUACGCCAUUCUCGGCACUCUCCUCCUCUACACCAUCACCCUCGCCCUCUACAACCUCUACCUCCACCCCCUCCGCUCCAUCCCGGGUCCCCUCCUAAGCCGCGCCUUCCCCAUCCCGCACGCCCUGCGCAUAAUCUCCGGCCACGGCCCCAUGCAAGUCCACCAACUCCACGAAAAAUACGGCCCCGUAGUCCGCGUCUCACCAAACCACCUGACCUUCACGGACCUGGACGCAUACAAAACCGUCUACGGACACCGCGUAGCUCAGGCUGGCUCCGGGACAGCCCACGUGCCCGAAAACCCCAAGUGCCUGACCUAUUACAAAUCCACCGACGAGAUCCCCGUCAACAUCCUCAUGGCCGACCGCGACGAGCACGCCCGCCUGCGCCGCGCCUUGUCCCACGGGUUCAGCGACCGCGCCAUGCGUGAGCAGGAGCCGCUGAUUGCGAGGUAUCUGGAGAUGUUGGUGCAGGGGAUCAAGGAGGCGGGGGAGCAAGGGAGGAAGCCGUUGGAUAUGGUCAAGUGGUAUAACUGGAUUACGUUUGAUAUUAUUGGGGAUUUGACGUUUGCCGAGUCGUUUGGGUGUUUGGAAAAGAGGACGACGCAUCCGUUUGUCGAGCUGAUCACGGCCACGGUCGACCGAGGCGCGUACCUGCUUGCGCUGAGGUAUCUGCGGCUGCAGUGGGCGGUGCUCGGGGUGUUGAGGCUGCUCGCGGGGGAUCCGCUGCAGUUUUUGAAUAAGAUAUUGGGGGAUAAGGUCAAGAACCGGUUGGCUGUGGAAAAGGAGCGGUAUGAUUUAUUUGAGGGGUUGGUGAAGCGGAGGGAGGAGUGGAACCUCGGCGUGCCCCAUCUCACGUCCAACGCCAUCUUACUCAUCGCCGCGGGCUCGGAAACAACGGCCAGUCUGCUGUCUGGCGUCACGUACCUCCUGCUCGAGAACGCCGAGGCCCUGGAGAAGCUGAAGCACGAGGUCCGGUCGUCCUUCAAGAGCGCUGACGAAAUCACCAUUGCCUCAGCCAGCCGGCUGCCGUAUCUGCUGGCCUGUCUGAACGAGGCGCUCCGUCGCUGGCCGCCUGCUGCCGCCAAUCUUCCGCGCGAGGUACACGAGGGCGGGGAGACCAUCUUGGGCAGGUUUGUUCCUGAGAAGACCAUUGUCGAGGUGCAACUGUAUUCCAUGCAUCACAGCUCCCAGCACUGGCACGACCCGUACACCUAUCGGCCGGAGCGCUUUCUGCACAAGUCGGAGCCCAAGAAUGGGGAAGAUGGCGCGGCCUCCGAAGAGAACCCGUACGGCGACAACCUCGAGGCACUGCAAGCUUUCAGCAUCGGACCUAGAAAUUGCCUUGGCAAGAAGUGAGUCGUCCCUCAUCAGAACCUUCCACCCGACUCCUGCGCCUCGGAAAAGGUACAGCUAGGGUAUGAGAGACCUUUGCUAAGUAUAAAAAUAAACAGCCUGGCCUAUGCCGAAAUGCGCCUCAUACUGGCCCGCAUCAUUUGGGAAUUUGACUUGCGGCCCGGCGUCGAUCUCAAGGAUUGGUACAAACGGAC